UUCCAAUUCAAACAGUGAUGUUAUCGUUGAGCUUUCGUUUCUCUUGUUUUACACAUUCUUCUUCUUCUCACAGAAGACUCCUCUUCCUUCUUCCUUCUCCAACCAUAAGUCAAUGUUGCUUCUCUGUUAAACCCAUUAAACAAAAUAAUGGGAAUAACCUUCAAUCUUCUUCUUCUUUCUCCAAAGGUUCUCCCUUUUCAGGAUUGGAGGAUGUUUUUGUGAGCUUCCUAUUUGGAAAGAAAAGGGCAACAGAUGUUGCUCAUAUGGUAUGGAAACAUGUUGUCCAGAAAGGAGAUACAGUCAUUGAUGCGACAUGUGGCAACGGUUUUGACACCUUAGCAUUGCUCAAUUUGGUUGCUGAUGAAUCACAUAAUGGUUAUGUGUACGCAUUGGACAUUCAGAAAGAUGCUUUAGAUAAGACUUCAUUGUUGCUGGAAGAAUCGCUUAGUUCCAAUGAGAAACAACAUGUCAAGCUCUUCAAUAUUUGCCAUAGUAAAAUGGAGGAAGUUGUUCAAAGCAAUGCCUUCGUUAGGCUUGUUGCCUUCAACUUAGGUUAUCUUCCGGGAGGUGACAAAGAAAUAAUAACAAGAUCAGAAACAACAUUACUGGCAUUAGAAGCUGCAAAGAGAAUUCUAAUACCAGGAGGGCUUAUUAGUAUAGUGGUUUAUGUCGGGCACCCUGGUGGACGGGAAGAAUUGGAGGUUGUUGAAACUUUUGCUGCUAGAUUGUCUGUUGAGAAUUGGAUCUGCUGCAAGCUACAAAUGCUAAAUCGGCCAUGUGCUCCGAUACCAAUUUUCUUAUUCCGAAGAUAAUGUAAAUACCUGCUAUAUGAUUUCUUGAUUGCAAGGAUGUUAAUGAUCCCUGUCCUUAUUUAACAAUACUAGUCAGUUUUAUUCUUGUCAAAUUUGUUUAAGGAAAGUGAUUCUUACACCUCUCUUUAUUCUCUCCACAUUUUAAGUGUUGUGUGGAGUCAUUUUCUCAUCCUUCUUGAAGUAGUAAUAGCAUUUGUAUUAUAACUGGGUUAAAUGAGAUGAUGUGUGUAGAAGUAGAGAGGAGGAGGGUUUUGAGAUGAAAAACUUUAAAAGCUUUUAAUAUUUUGGAAAAUAAGAUGAUCCUGUGUUGUA